GUCGCUUGGAACACCCUCUGGGCGUUUGUCCGCGAAGCCAACCGGGUUGCUCGCGUGGCUGGCGAACCCGAGAUCUGCGAGGACGCCCUUGCUGUAAACCAGCGCCAACACAAGGUCACCGGGGUCGGUACCUGUAUUGGGCUUGAUCAUCUGCUGCUGGCCCCGGGGGUGUACUUGUGUGCUGGCUAUCUCCCGUUUCCGCGGCGUGGGGCGCGUGCCUUCAUGAUGGAGGUGACGUCCGUGGGUCGCUUC